UGACAAAAAGUUUCUUUUAUUACGCUCCUCCCAAAUUCAAAUCAUAACGGCAACACUUCCUCUUCGACAAUUCCAAUCUACAUUUUCUCUCUUCAGCUACCGUAUUCCCCAACUCAAAAUCAAUGGCGCCUCAAAUCCCUAAACCUCCGCAAAAACAUUCUCAAAAACCCCCUCAACAUUCUCUAAAGCCUUCAAAAAAUCAACAAAUCAAGAACCCACAGAAACCACAAAACCCUAAUAUAAACAGAGAUUGGUCAAUUGCGGAUUUCGAAAUCGGAAAACCCUUAGGAAAGGGAAAAUUCGGUAGAGUCUAUCUUGCUCGUGAAAUCAAGAGUAAAUAUAUAGUGGCAUUGAAGGUGAUAUUUAAGGAGCAAAUAGAGAAGUAUAGAUUGCAUCAUCAAUUGAGGAGGGAAAUGGAGAUUCAAAUGAGUUUACGCCAUCCGAAUGUUUUAAGAUUGUAUGGAUGGUUUCAUGAUGAUGAAAGGAUUGUGUUGAUUCUUGAGUAUGCUUUUAGGGGUGAGCUUUAUAAGGAACUCCGUAAUUUAGGUCAUCUUCCCGAGAAGCAAGCUGCUACGUAUAUUGCAAGUUUGACGCAGGCAUUGGCGUAUUGUCAUGACAAGAAUGUCAUCCAUAGGGACAUCAAGCCAGAGAAUUUGUUGCUUGAUCAUGAGGGUCGUCUAAAGAUUGCAGAUUUUGGAUGGUCUGUACAGUCAAGAAAUAAGAGACACACUAUGUGUGGAACUCUUGACUAUUUGGCUCCAGAAAUGGUGGAAAAUAAAGCCCAUGAUUAUGCAGUUGAUAACUGGACUUUGGGUGUCCUUUGCUAUGAGUUCUUAUAUGGAGCUCCUCCAUUUGAGGCAGAGAGCCAACGUGACACUUUUAGAAGGAUUAUGAAGGUUGAUUUGAACUUCCCAGAUGCAAUUGAAAUUUCCUUAGAUGCCAAGGAUCUAAUACGCCGACUUCUGGUGAAGGAUUCCUCAAAGAGGCUCUCUCUUCAGAAGAUAUUACAGCACCCUUGGAUCGUAAAGAAUGUAGAACCCACUGGAAUUUGCCGUUAAUAAAUCCAAUAUUUAAUCAAGCUAUUGAACAACUCGAUGAGAAUGGGUAUAAGAUGGUGUUUCAAGAGUGUAUUGAUCACUAGUAAGAAUUCACCCUUUUUAAGUUUAAUCCUUCCAUAUGUUAACCUAUUCCAAUUGAAAUCAUGGCAAUGUAUAAUCAUGUCAUUCUUGUCAUGAUGUUAAUCCUUUUGCAUGUGCAGUAUUUCAAUGAAUUCAAAAGAUGUUUGUAUUCAAUAUGCAAACGUGCUAAUAGUUUGUGUAUUAACAUGAAACAAUGUCCGCUAUUACUGUAAUUUUGUAUAUUAGUUAUUUAUCUUGUAUAGCUGAGUUUGCACUCCUAUGGUUUAGUCAUUGUGUAAAAAUGCGGUAACGAUCAUGAUUGUGGUAAGAGAACGGUGAUAUGGUAACGAUGAUCAUCUCACGCUACACACUGAAGGAAAUCAGGACUGGCUCGGACAGUACCACUUUGAAGCAGGCCCAUACAUUAUUCACCUCUAAAUUGAACAUGUUGGUCGUUAGGAAGCUGAAAGUUAGGUAUUGGGUGAUACCAUAUGCAAGAACCGACAUGAAAUUAUGAUUUUGAAUAGUUUUCUGUGAUCACAAAAGGAUGCUUUAGACUAAGAGCUAGUGCAGGAAAGAUGAAAAUAGUGGAGCUGCAUCGUCCCUAGUGCCCAAAUCUGUAUUUAUUGUUGAGAUGAGACUGCAUAUUUUUGAUUACCUAAGGUGAAACCUUAUAGAGAAUAUAGGUAACAGUACAAUGAGAAAUCAUACAGAGAAUAUUGAGGCAAAUCAGUAAGAUAUCAGACAGAGAAUAUCAAUAGCAGAUCAGUGAGAAUAUGAUUUGGUGCCAUGUUCUCCUAUUAGAAACCCAAACGUGCUGCUUUUUCUUCCUAUUUUUGCAUCUUUUUUGUUUAGCUAGGUCACUUUAGUUCAUUUUACUUGAGUAGACCUUUGUUUUUUAACGGUAGAUGAUACAAGAAAUGAGUUGAGAAAGGUGAUUAUUGAGACUGAUUUCAUGGUUCAUGUAUCCGUAGUCGACUCCAAUUUUUUGGGUUUAUGACUUGGGCAUUUUUGUUGUUGGAUCUGAGCCAAACAUUUGGAUAUGUACCGAAAUCUGGUAACCUGAGUGUAAUGUUUACAAAGAACUAAGAAUGCAGAGUGGUGGCAUUUUUUUAGUUCGUUUGUUACGUUUUGAAGUUUGAGCUGCCAUUUUUGUAUCGAUGUUUUGAUGGUCUAAAUUCAUGUCAGAAAUGUUGGUAAACCAAUUAAAACAAAGCAUGGAGUUACAGUGUAAAUAGAGUUCUAUGUUGUCAAAAUAGACUGCUGUAGAAUCAGAAAAUAAUGCAGGUGAAAAAGAAAGUUGUGGGAUUUGCAUUGAUUUUAUAGAAGGUUCUUUUGUUUGGAGUACAUAUCAAAAUAAGACACAACUUUCGGUUCUUUAGAGCCAUAAUUUGUGAUUGUGACUCUUUUUGAUUGAUUAAGGUAUAGUUUGGACAGCUUUCGUUUCUUCUGUGGCUUAGACUAGGAUUUGGGAAGAUUUGAAACUUUCGGUUCUUUUGAGCCAUAAUUUGUGAUUGUGACACUCUUUUUGAUUGAUUAAGGUAUAGUUUGGACAACUUUCGUUUCUUCUAUGGCUUGGACUAGGAUUUGGGAAGAUUUGAAAAAAAUUAGACAAUUUAAUUACUUUAUUCAAAAAAUAAGUUUCGUUUAAACUUUUUUUCCCAAAAUAAGCGUCCUUGGCUCUAAAGCUAGGCUUGGUGUAUACUCACUCUUACUAACAGCGAAUUAAAAGAAAUGGUUAAAAAUUUA